CCCACGAUGGCCCCCUCGACCCUCCUCUCCUAUGUGCGUGCGCAGGUUACUGUCGAUGUCGACUCCAUGGACCCCGCCGUGGCCGCGCGCCACACGACCGAUUCGGCCAAGUUCUGCGACAUGACGUCCAACCAGGCCAUCGUCUUCACCGAGGCGUCCAAGCCCGAUCGCGCCGCGCUGCUCGCCGAGGCGUGCGCCCUCGCUGCAAAGAAGAACACGGGUGACAUCGAUCUACAGGUCGAGGACGCGCUCGACAUUCUGACGGUCCUCCUUGCUAAACAGGUCUUCCCGUAUCUCACAGGGCGUGUGCAUGCGCAGACAGCGCCUGCCGUGGCGUACGAUGCCGAGGGCACGGUCGCGCAUGCCAAGAGGCUCCUCGCCAUCUUCGAAGCUCAUGGAAUGGACAAGUCCCGCGUGUGCUUCAAAAUCCCCGCCACGCCCGAGUCCAUUAUCGCCUGCGGGCGGCUCGAGGAGGAAGGUAUUCGCACUCUCGCCACCUGCCUCUUCUCUCUCCCACAGGCUGUCGCUGCCUCCCAGGCCGGAUGUCUCUAUGUAGCGCCGUACUUCAAUGAGCUUCGCGUCCACUUCGAGCCGGGUGUUUGGAAGGAAUAUGCUGACACCGCGACGGAGCACCCGAUGUCGCCGGUCAUUUCCUCGAUCGUCCAGACGUACACGAAGAUUGGCUCCAAGACACUCGUCAUGCCUGCCAGCAUUGUGACGUCGACGGAGGUAGUCGCCCUGGCGUCGUUGCGCCCUAACCACCUCACCUUGGCGGGCGGAGUCCUCGAUCAGCUCGCGGCGGCCCAGAGCCCCGCCGACGACCCGAAGCCGCAGCAACCACCGCCCGCCGCAGCCAACGGUACCAGCGAGAAUGGCCCGGCCGUCGAGAAGACCGACUUUCUCGCGAACGGCGCUGACGCAUUAAGGCAGGCCCUGGCCGUGGACGCGGAGGCCACGCGCAAGCUGGCGGAUGCCCUGAAAAUCUUCGGCGAGAUGGAACAGAAGACGAAAGAUCUCAUCCGCAAGCAGCUGAGCAGCCAGUAACGCCGCUCCCCUCGACGUCGUCCGAAACGCAUCUUACAUCA